UUCUGGACUCCGAUUUUCCGGAUUUUCGUUCGGAAUUCACGGAAAUUCGUAAGGUUUUUGCCUCGAAACCAGCUUUUCCGGACGGAAUGCUGUGUUGUUGGAGAUACAAUUGAAGAAUCUACCUCGUCUAAAGUGUGGAAGCAGCCAUUCGGGCCGAAAAGACUACAAAAUGUUCUCCGUGUGGAAGUUGUUUACUUUGCUGUUCCUUUUCCUCAGCCUGGUUCACGGAUCUAGAGUUCUGGAGCUCAGCGAUCGAUUCCUGGACGUGCGAAAUGAGGGCCAGUGGUUCGUGAUGUUCUACGCUCCGUGGUGUGCCCACUGCAAAAAGCUGGAACCGGUGUGGGCGCUUGUGGCCCAGGCCCUCUACAACACCAACAUCCGGGUCGGGCGUGUCGAUUGUACCCGGUUUACGGCCGUUGCACAGCAGUUCAAAGUGAAUGCUUAUCCGACGAUUAUCUUCGUUAAAGGUCCGUACGAGUACGUGUACAACGGUGACCGGUCGAAGGAGGAAUUGCUGCACUUUGUGAAUCGAAUGUCGGGACCUCCGGUACAGCUCGUCACGCGACCGGACAGUAUUGACAUCCUCAAAUCGAAUAACCCGAUCUUCUUCACGUACGUUGGCAAACAGUCGGGGUUGCUGUGGGAUGUGUUCUACAGUGCAGCUGAAUCCUAUCAGGCUCACGGUUACUUCUACGCCACGUCCGUGGAGAUCGCAAAGCGGCACUUUGAUGUCGACACAGCGCCUGCAGCGUUGGUAUACAAGGAGCGUGGCCACUACUAUUUCCCUUACUCGGACAACUUUGAACGCAUAGAACCGACCCACCUGAAUGAAAGUUUGUUCCGGUGGGUGAACGAGGAACGGUUCGCCACGUUCCCGAAGAUAUCACGCAGUAACAUUCACCAUCUGGUGCAGACGAAGAAGUACCUCGUACUAGCGGUGGUCGAAGAGAACAAACUGAGUGAGAUCGCCGCGCACGAACAGGAGUUCCGGGAUAUGGUGGAGAUAUUUGUGCACAAAAACAAACACAAAUAUCAUGGCCGUUUCCAGUUUGGUUGGGUCGGUAAUCCGGAACUUGCCCGAUCGAUUGCGAUGGACAGUUUGCCGACGCCGCAUCUGAUCGUACUGAAUGCUACCACUAACGAGCACCACAUCCCGGAGGACGAUCCGUUGCAGUUAACGCCGGAAGCGAUCGAAAUCUUCCUGGACAGCAUCCACAAUCAAACGGCACCGAUAUUCGGCGGAAAUUCUCUGCCCGUGCGCAUCUAUCGGGCGUGGUUCGAGGCGAAAACCUCGCUGGCCGAGAUGUGGAUCGGCAAUCCCGUCUUGACCACGGUGCUGUUCGGUCUUCCGUUGGGCUUCCUGUCGCUGAUCAUGUACUCGAUUUGCUGUGCCGACAUCCUGGACGCCGAGGAAGAGGACACGGAGGGCGAACAACGGCACGAGAAGAAGGAGUAAGCGGAGCACUGGUCCGUGUGGCAGUUACCGAUAGACGACAUUCCGUCGCCUGGUCCGGCGACCAUUUCCAGGGGAAAUGGGAGGUCGAAUUUUCUAGUCAAACCAUUUCUCACGAUUCAGUAUCGUUUUAGAAGCAUUUUACUUUCUCCCCAACUAACGGUGCACCCUCGCUAUGUACGGUGUAAACGAAAUGUGUGUCUAUUUGUCUGUAUUUCUCUGUACGUUCCACCCUUUUUUAACCAAAGGAAAUCAAUGAAUCAGGAGAAAAAUCCUCAUUUUUAUCCAACC